AUGACUAGAGAGAAAAUGACACAAGGAAACCAUUCCACAGUGAAUGAAUUUAUCCUCAUUGGAUUAACAAAGAAGCCAGAGCUCCAGCUGCCCCUCUUCCUCUUCUUCAUAGGAGUCUACAUGUUCACAGUGGUAGGGAACCUGGGCAUGAUCCUGCUGAUUGGGCUCAGCUCUCACCUGCACACCCCCAUGUACUAUUUCCUCAGCAGUCUGUCUUUCAUUGACCUCUGCCAAUCCACUGUCAUUACCCCCAAAAUGUUGGUGAACUUUGUGGUGCAGAAGAACACCAUCUCCUACCCUGAAUGCAUGACUCAGCUCUACUUCUUUGCAGCUUUUGCAAUUGCAGAGUGUCACAUGUUGGGUGCCAUGGCAUAUGACCGCUAUGUUGCCAUCUGUAGUCCUUUGCUUUACAAUGUAACCAUGUCUUAUCAAGUUUGCUCUUGGUUGCUAGUUGGAGUGUACAGUAUGGGCUUGAUUGGUGCCACAGCUCACACAGUCUGCAUGCUAAGAGUGCUUUUCUGUAAUGCUGAUAUAAUCAACCACUAUUUUUGUGAUGUACUUCCACUAUUAGAGCUCUCCUGCUCCAGUACUUUUGUGAAUGAAGUGCUAGUUCUAUGCUUCAGUGCAUUUAAUAUCCUGAUCCCAACCCUGACCACUCUUAGCUCCUACAUCUUCAUCAUUGCCAGCAUCCUGCGCAUUCGCUCCUCUGAGGGCAGAGCCAAAGCCUUCAGCACCUGCAGCUCCCACAUCUCAGCUGUUGCUCUCUUCUUUGGAUCUACUGCAUUCAUGUACCUGCAGCCAUCAUCAGUCAGCUCCAUGGACCAAGGGAAAGUGUCCUCUGUGUUUUACACCAUCAUUGUGCCCAUGCUGAACCCUGUGAUCUAUAGCUUGAGAAAUAAGGAUGUGAAACUUGCCCUAAAUAAGUUCCUUGAAAAAAGAAAUGUCCUGUGA